GUGCUUCCUCUCUUCAACAAAGUACUUCCUCUCUUGAUCAAGAUGCUUCCUCUCUUCAACAAAGUGCUUCCUCUCUUGAUCAAGAUGCUUCCUCUCUUGAUCAAGAUGCUUCCUCUCUUGAUCAAGAUGCUUCCUCUCUUCAACAAGAUGCUUCCUCUCUUGAUCAAGGUGCUUCCUCUCUUCAUCAAAGUGCUUCCUCUCUUGAUCAAGAUGCUUCCUCUCUUCAUCAAGUGCUUCCUCUCU